UGUCUUUGAGCAUCCAGCGGAGCAUCAUGUCUAAACAUGGGACACAGAAAUGGAAUCUAAUUAAGGAAACUGGUCAAGGGACAGUUACUUUCUUCAUCCUGCUCGUGACCGCGAUCACAUUUUGUGCAACAGCAUCGUCUGACGUCCAAGAUGGGUGCCCUCACGUAACCAUGACGUCAUGUCCAACAAUUACUAGAGAGAAUGGCGAAACUGUGCAAUACAUACCGAAACCCCUAACACUUGAUCUGGAUUGGAUAACUCAAAAGAUAUCCAAACAUCAUGAGAUUUCUGAGGAUGCUCAUCAUUAUUUUUGCACCGUACCAGCAUGUCUUUCGAACCCUUGCCUGUAUGGAGGAACUUGCGAGGAAACAGAAAUUGGAUUCUCUUGUAUCUGCAUCAAUGGUUACCAGGGUAACAGAUGCGAAAAUGAACAUGUCCUGUCUGUAAAGCUUCUUGGUGAUAAUAUAUCCGAGGGACCACUCGCUCUGACAUCCCAUCCGCGCCCUAACACGUAUUUCCUGAUACAUCAACACCAAUGGAACAUGAAACUAUCUCAGCUGGCAUGUCAGUACCUAGGUUUUGAAGGGGUAUUUGCCACUGUAAGCGGUGCGCUGUAUGAUUCCAUCGACCCCCCUUCUGAGGUUGUAUCAGUGGUGUGUCCUGAUGACGUCAUGAACAUAACUGAGUGCUGGUACGAGACUAGAGUUGGUGGAAUCAACGAAAGCGAGACUAUAGCCGUAAUAUGUUGCCCUGUGAACUCGUGUAAUGUAUCUGGCAGACCUCUUGGCCUUGAGAGUGGUGCGUUGCCGGAUUCGGCAAUAUCUGAGUCGGAAUGCUUUGACACUAACCUGCACUGCGCUCGUCAUGGUCGGUUAAACCAUAAUGGUGCCUGGAGUCCAGUCAAUCGCAAUGAAUAUCAAUGGAUGCAGGUCCAAUUCGAAUCCAGUUUUGUUAUAACGGCUGUAACCGUUCAGGGAAGGCCCGACUACAGUCAUUGGGUCACAUCAUUUGUCGUUUCUUCUAGUUUGGACACCAUUACUUGGACUUAUUAUCUAAGUGUGUACUCUGCAUCAGUCGAGGUAUUUCCAGGAAAUUAUGACACAAACAGCUACGUGACUCAUAUGUUCAUUAGGCCAAUCACUGGGCAAUCUUUUCGGAUUCAUCCAAAGACAUUUUACGGCCGUAUAGCUAUGAGGAUGGAAUUAUAUGGAUUUGGACCUGUAACAGAUGUCAUAGCGGAACUAAACGUUGAAGGCAAACCUGGAUGUCGUCCUCCUAUGUUAGGAGAGGGGCUCGGCGUAGAGGACGGUCGCAUACCAGACAGCAGUUUGACUGCCUCAUCGUUCCAUUCAGCCGGCCAUGAACCAUACAGGGGCAGACUUAAUACACCCGAAGGUCCUGGCAUAGCUGUUGGGGCAUGGGUCGCCGUUAAGACGGAUAGCAACAAAUGGGUGAAAGUAAUUUUUUUCAACGUGUCUGAAUUUAACUGA